CCGCGGCGGAGCCCCUUCCCUUCCGGUGCCGCAGCUCUCGCGAGAGCGCGCCGGGCCCCGCCCCUUCCGGCGAUGGGAGCGCGGCAGCACGAUGCAUUCGGACGACGUGAUCUGGGACACGCUGGGGAACAGGCAGUUCUGCUCCUACAAGAUAACGACAAAAACGCAGAAUUUCUGCCGCAAUGAGUACAACCUGACGGGGCUGUGCAACCGCUCCUCCUGCCCGCUGGCCAACAGCCAGUAUGCGACCGUCAGGGAGGAGAAAGGUCGGUGUUACCUGUACAUGAAGACGAUAGAGCGGGCGGCUUUUCCCCGUCGACUCUGGGAGCGGGUCUUGCUAAGCAAGAACUAUGAGAAGGCGCUGGAGGAGAUCGAUGAGAACCUCAUCUACUGGCCGCGGUUCAUCCGGCACAAGUGCAAGCAGCGCUUCACCAAGAUCACACAGUACCUCAUCCGCAUCCGCAAGCUGACACUCAAGCGACAGAGGAAGCUUGUUCCUCUGCGUAGAAAGAUUGAAAGGCGAGAGAAGAGGAGAGAGGAGAAAGCCCUGAUUGCUGCUCAGCUGGAUAACGCCAUCGAGAAGGAACUACUGGAAAGGCUGAAACAGGACACGUACGGAGACAUUUACAACUUCCCCAUCCACGCCUUUGACAAAGCUCUGCAGCAGCAAGAGGCAGAAAGCGAGAGCGAGUCCGAUGCAGAGAAAGAAGAAGAAGAAGAUGAGGAGGACAUGGAUAAAAGAGAGUUUGUGGAAGCAGAGGACAGUGACCUCAGCGACUUUGAGGACAUGGAUAAGUUGGAGACAAGUAGUGAAGAGGAGCAGGAAGAGGAAGAAGAAGUAGAGAAGAAAGCCUCUCGCUCCAAAGCGAAGGGCAAAACUCCCCUGAAAGGACCAGCCAGAAGAAAACGUCCCUACAUUGAAAUAGAAUAUGAAAAAGAAACAGAGCCAGCCACCAAAACAAAAGCAGCCUGACUCCUUCCUGAACUCACAUUUUGUGCUGAGUGACGGGACUGCAGACCUGUCACGAGAAACUCCUUCCAGCUUCCGCCACUCUGCGCAGGACCCUCAGUAACUGCGCCAUUUUCCAUACUCUAGACUAAUGAUUUUCCUUAUGAAAAGAAGGAUUUCUGUCCUGACCCCAGGCAACUGCAGCAGGUUUGCACGAGUCCUGCAUGAAGCGCAGUUUGAAGGGAGAAGACUUCAGAGCUCUAAAACCAGACCAGGCUCAGCUCGGGCUGUGUGUGGGGAGGAACCCAGACUGGGGGCACUGCUGCUGGUUCCGAAGCUGGAGCAGCCCACCUGUGGCCAGGGGAACACACAACUCUAUGGUGUUUGGGCGAGUUACGGGGCUAAAAGGGGUGGGAUGAGAAAGACAGUAACUUCAAAUAAAUAAAAAAAUAUUUUACUGUACAAAAA